CGCACAUGCGCGGAGACGCCGCAGCGGCGGCGCGGCCGAGCGCCGGCGACGGAGCGGACGGAGGAUGAAGGCGGCUGCGGAGGCGGAGGCGGACGAUCAUGCGGUGGAGCGGCGACGGGCUGCGCGCCGUCGUGUCCGGCGCGCUCCUCUCCGCGUGCGCCCUCGGCGAGCUGGUGCUCGGGUUGCGCUGCGUCUCGCUGGGCUCCGGCGUGAGGGAGCCCUUCCGCCUCGGCGCCGCGGCCGGAGCCUUCUACUCCGCGCUGCUCGUCGGCGGCGGCCAGCUCCUCCUGGGCGUCGCGCUGCUCCGGCGACCGCGCGGCGCCAAUCUGGUCCUCCCGGGGCUCGUGGUCUUCUUGCUGGGGGUCCUCACCGCCUUCUGCGGCGCCGUGGUGGACGGGGACACCGCGUCUCUGGUGCGGAGGAAGUACGCCCGCUACUGCGCGCGCUCGGGCCGGGCGAGCCGCGCCUGCGAGGCGCUGCGGGAGUACCAGAGGACUUUGGUCAUGUCCGCGGCGCUCAGCGCGCUCGAGUGCCUGCUGGGGCUCGUCAACCUGGCGCUCAUCCAAAGGUACGAAGCGGCCCGGUGCAGGCAGGGGCGGAGGUCCUCGGCGCACCUCCGGCCGGUGUCCUACGUGGAUUUAGCCGCCGCGGACGUGCUGGGCGAGAGCGGCGCGGAAGCCCGGCGCGGCGGGCACCCGUCCAUCGAGCUGCCGGGCUACUCGCCCGCGGACCCGCGACUCGACCGCUGCUUCCCUUUCUCCUACCCGCUGCCCGGUCAACUGCCGCCGGCUUAAGAGGACGUCUUCCCCGCGGGGGCGCGCCACGCGUGGCCGCCGGGGAGCGCGUGAUUUUCGGACAAUCGCGCGCCACGGCGGGGCGACCUUGCAGUCGGAGGACAACUCGAGUUUCUCUGUGAAUAUUUGCUCUUCACGUUUAUACUUGUGAAUAAAAAGGAUAUUUAACCUCA